AUGACCAAGCAAUCUGCGGACAGCAACGCAAAGUCAGGAGUUACGGCCGAAAUAUGCCAUUGGGCAUCCAACCUGGCCACUGACGACAUCCCUUCGGACGUAUUAGAAAGAGCGAAAUACCUGAUUCUCGAUGGUAUUGCAUGUGCCUGGGUUGGUGCAAGAGUGCCUUGGUCAGAGAAGUAUGUGCAGGCAACAAUGAGCUUUGAGCCGCCAGGAGCCUGCAGGGUGAUUGGAUAUGGGCAGAAACUGGGGCCUGUUGCAGCAGCCAUGACCAAUUCCGCUUUCAUACAGGCCACAGAGCUUGACGACUACCACAGCGAAGCCCCCCUACACUCUGCAAGCAUCGUCCUCCCUGCGGUCUUUGCAGCAAGUGAGGUCUUAGCCGAGCAAGGCAAAACAAUUUCUGGUAUAGAUGUCAUUCUAGCCGCCAUUGUGGGGUUUGAAUCUGGCCCGCGGAUCGGCAAAGCAAUUUACGGAUCGGACCUCUUGAACAACGGCUGGCAUUGUGGAGCCGUGUAUGGUGCUCCAGCUGGUGCGCUGGCCACAGGAAAGCUCCUCGGUCUAACUCCAGACUCCAUGGAAGAUGCUCUCGGAAUCGCGUGCACGCAAGCCUGUGGUUUAAUGUCGGCGCAAUACGGAGGCAUGGUCAAGCGCGUGCAACAUGGAUUCGCAGCGCGUAAUGGUCUUCUUGGGGGACUGUUGGCCUAUGGUGGGUACGAGGCCAUGAAGGGUGUCCUGGAGAGAUCUUAUGGCGGUUUCCUCAAAAUGUUCACCAAGGGCAAUGGCAGAGAGCCUCCCUACAAAGAGGAGGAAGUGGUGGCCGGUCUCGGUUCAUUCUGGCAUACCUUUACUAUUCGCAUCAAGCUCUAUGCCUGCUGCGGACUUGUCCAUGGUCCAGUCGAAGCUAUCGAAAAGCUUCAGAGGAGAUACCCCGAGCUCUUGAAUAGAGCCAACCUCAGCAACAUUCGCCAUGUUUAUGUACAGCUUUCAACAGCCUCGAACAGUCACUGUGGAUGGAUACCAGAGGAGAGGCCCAUCAGUUCAAUCGCAGGGCAGAUGAGUGUCGCAUACAUCCUCGCCGUCCAGCUGGUCGACCAGCAAUGUCUUCUGGCUCAGUUUUCUGAGUUUGAUGACAACUUGGAGAGACCAGAAGUGUGGGAUCUGGCCAGGAAGGUUACUCCAUCUCAUAGCGAAGAGUUUGAUCAAGACGGCAACUGUCUCAGUGCGGGUCGCGUGAGGAUUGAGUUCAACGAUGGCUCUUCUGUUACGGAAACUGUCGAGAAGCCUCUUGGAGUCAAAGAGCCCAUGCCAAACGAACGGAUUCUCCACAAAUACCGAACCCUUGCGGGUAGCGUGACGGACGAAUCCCGGGUGAAAGAGAUUGAGGAUCUUGUCCUCAGCCUGGACAGGCUCACCGACAUUACCCCAUUGCUGGAGCUGCUUAAUUGUCCCGUGAAAUCGCCACUGGUAUAA